GCGGUGGCGCGUUUCACCCGGUCUUCUGAGAGAAAACAAGGCCAUUCGCCCAAUGAAGGCGUUUUGUCGUCGCGUUCAACAUGAUUGUAAUAUUUUCUUGUUUCGAAGGGCGUUCAGUUCCCCUUUGGACGCAAAUGUCCUAGACUACGCUGACCGCAAAGUCUCCUCGUCCCUGUAUCAUAAUGCCCCUAUGUUGACGUUUUACGCACACGUGCCCACGGCUCAUUUAUUGUUUCUCUCCUUUCUCUACUUGCGGCCUUCCCGCACCUUCCCGUUGCUCCGUGCCACUGUUCAUACAUUCAACAGCCACGGCGCCUGCAUCCGACGCUAGGAGGCUCCCCGACCGCUCCUUCGGUCGGGUGUUUGUGUGUAUAAGCAGUGAUCCGGUAUGGCACCAAAAAGGGUGGACUUCUGGGGAAGAAAAGUGGACCAUCAACGCCUAGGCCUGCACUCAUACAUUGGCGCCAAUGAUCGCAUGUACCAGACUCUUUACCGUGCUCUAGUGCCAUCACAAGAACCUGAAAUGAUCCAUUCUAGCCAUGGAGGCAUCUUCAACUUGUCAUUUGCCCCUGAAGGUUCAAUAUUGGUUGCAGCCACAGAAGGCAAAAGCAUCCUUAUAUUUGACCCACUCAACCACAAGCUCAUUAGGGAAGUUGAACAUGCACACAGUGAUUGUGUCAACUAUGCUAGGUUUCUUGACUCCCGCACAUUUGCCACCUGUUCUGAUGAUACCACGGUGGCAUUGUGGGAUGUGCGAAACUUGAAGCGCAAGAUACGCUCCCUUGUUGGCCACUCCAAUUGGGUGAAGAAUAUUGAAUAUGCUUCAGCAGAGGGACUACUUGUGACUUCUGGCUUUGAUGGAAGCAUACACACAUGGGACAUCAAUAAGUUCUCAGAGAAUGGGACGGAGUUCCAGAAAAUCUUCUACACAAAUGGGCUUAUGAGGAUGCGGCUUACCCCAGACAACCAGAAGAUGGUCAUUUGUACAACAGGGGGCUACUUGGUAGUCAUUCAUGACCUCAAUUUGCACACGCUGGCAUACGACUUACGUGGGUUCAAGCUUCCAAAGAUGUACCGCUGGCGAGCUUCCGAGAAAGCGGCCUUCCACACGGGGGACUGCAGUGGGCAUCACUUCACUGCACGCCGCAAUAGGGUUGAGCUCAUCUGCGACUUCCCAAGUGACAAUGAUGCAGAGAUCAUCUCCUCCCUCCAGGUUCAUCCCCAUGGGUGGUGUGUGCUAUCUCGCAACACAAGCAGGAAUGAAAAAUCUGAGUGGACCUGUGUGCACGACAUCCAAGAACAGCCGCCACCGGAGAGCGGAAGUAGUGGCAGCCACAGUGCAGCUGGCAGUAGCUCCUGUGAGGAACGGGAUUGGCCUGACACUGACUCCGACAUUGAGGACGAGCUCCUUGUUGGGGGCCUGGCUGGUGGCGACUGGGGACGGCGGCAGCCAGGAAUCGAGCCACUAUGGGACGGCGACUGGGAACGCCUUUGGAUGCCACCGGUCUUCAUUGACGAGGAGGAGUCUGACGAUGUUCCAGAGUCGCGCGUUUUCCAUGUGUCACUGGGUGCUCCAAAUGGCUCCCCAGUGGUGAGUGAAGGCACCAUGGAGGAGGCCAUGGCACUGCUGUCUGGCCAGCCGCCUCUUGUGGGCUUGCAGUCAUUGGGCAGGCCUGGUUUUUCCAAGGAUGUCCGGUGCAAGGCAGCCCAGCCACGGCUGCUUCACUAUGCCCAGGAGCCCAAUCGUGGGAGGGGCUGGAUCAAAGAACUCUGCUUCAGCACCGACGGUCGUCUUGUGUGUUCCCCGCUUGAACGGGGCGUGCGCCUCCUUGCCUUUGACUCUGACUUUCGGGAACUCAGUGACUGUGUACCUGCAUCUCCACCUCGUCCCCUGGUCCACGUGCUGACAAAUGUGAGCCACUCCAACUACGUUGUCAGCACUAAAUUCUCACCAACCCAUUUCCUUCUGGCUUCUGGCUGCCUCAAUGGACAGGUGUGCUUUCACCAGCCAGUGUUGUGAGUGCAAUGGACCUCAGGUGUGGGGCGAAGGAAAGAGAAUGGUUAAAGCACUGCCAAAUGCAGUCCCGCGUGUUGAGAGUCUUGAGACAAGAACAUUGCACAUGGGACACCAAGUCUGGUGCCAUGCAUUGUUAAUUAUCGCUCUGUAUAUAUGUUCACAGAGGCAAAUAAAGUAUGCAUACGUUGUCUGUAUAGCACCUUUUAGAAUAUA